UCCGAUUCCGACCUCCACCGGCCUCUCAACACUUUCCAUAAAGGCUGCCGGUGCAUUCCCGGAAACGAGCUCCGCGUGCCCCAUUAAUGGCGAUCCGAUUCUUCCCCAGCCUCUAAACUAGAAAGAUAACUGUAAACCCUAUUUCCGAACCCCAAUCGACAAUCCUAUCUCUCGAAAAUCGCUUUUGUGUUGUCUCGUCUCGUCUCUUCUCUCAUGGGGUACCAACCUCACUUCCACCACCUCCACCACCACCACAACGGCGGCAACAACAAUCACGGCGAUGGCGCCUCCCACAACCACCAUCACCAAGUCGUCAACAGCCCCCGCUACACCGGAUCCAUGACUCGGCGGACUCAUUCCUUCAAGCGCACCACCGGAAGCGGCGAGAUCGAAUUCCAGAUCAACUCCCCAAGGACGGCGUCCGCCGAAAACCCCGGGAGUCCCUUGGGGGAGGCAGCGGAGUCUCCGGUUGCGGCGGCCGCGGCGGCGGCGGGAGAGAAAUUGCAUGGCGGUGGGGCCGCCGUUCACCACCAGAACCUGCGGUUCCGGCUCGGUGUACCCAUUCUGGGAAAGAAGCAGCUAGGCGCAACGGAGACGGGCUUGCGCGUCAGGAAGAAGGUCGCGAAUUUCUUGUUCUUUGCUUUUUGUAGUCUUUGCAUGGUGCUUGGGGCCGUGAAGAUCUUCGCAGGCGGGUGGUUUUGGCUGCAAACAGCUGAGAAAGAAAGGAAUUAUCAGGAUCUCUCUGGCACUCAAUCUGCUAGUUCAGAAGUAAAGAUAACUAAUACCCACAGGUAUAGGGAUGCAAGUGAUAGUGAGCGAACACUGAUGACUAUCACAUCAAGCAGCGGUUCCAGUGAAAAUAGUGCAGUGUACUCAGGUAUAUGGGCCAAGCCAAACAGUGAAAACUUCAGCCAGUGUAUUGACCAUACAAAAAAGAAGAAGAUGGAUGCGAAAAUAAAUGGCUACAUUCUAAUAAAUGCAAAUGGAGGUUUGAAUCAGAUGAGAUUUGGGAUCUGUGAUAUGGUUGCUGUUGCAAAGAUUGUGAAGGCGGCACUUGUUCUUCCUUCGCUUGACCAUAACUCCUACUGGGCAGAUGAUAGUGGUUUCAAGGAUCUUUUUGAUUGGAAGCAUUUCAUUGAGACCCUCAAGGAUGAAGUGCAUAUAGUUGAAACAUUAUCAGCUUCCUAUGCAAAGAUUGAACCGUUUAUGAAAACUCCAAUAUCUUGGUCCAAGGUCAAUUACUAUAAAUCAGAGAUUCUCCCACUUCUGAAACGACACAAAGUUAUAUAUUUCACUCAUACAGAUUCUCGACUUGCAAAUAAUGGACUUCCAAGCUCUAUCCAAAAAUUGAGAUGUCGUGUCAACUACAGAGCACUCAAAUAUUCAUCCACAAUUGAGGAACUUGGAGCCACCUUAAUUUCGAGAAUGCGCAAAGGUGGAAGUCCAUAUCUUGCUCUCCAUUUAAGAUAUGAAAAGGACAUGUUGGCAUUUACUGGUUGCAGUCACAAUUUGACUCUUCAAGAAGGGGAUGAACUUCGACAAAUGCGUUAUGGAGUAAGCCAUUGGAAAGAGAAGGAGAUCAAUGGAACUGAGAAACGGAAGCUGGGUGGCUGCCCUUUGACGCCAAGGGAGACUGCCCUAUUCCUUAAAGCAUUAGGAUUCCCAUCAAACACAAGAAUAUAUUUGGUUGCUGGUGAAGCUUAUGGAAAUGGCAGUAUGCAGUAUUUGAUAGAUGACUUCCCAAAUAUUUUCUCCCAUGCAACAUUAUCGUCAGAAGAAGAACUUAGGCCAUUAAGGAAUCACCAAAACAUGCUCGCUGGAUUGGACUAUGUUGUUGCUCUUGAGAGUGAUGUUUUCCUUUACACCUAUGAUGGAAACAUGGCUAAGGCUGUUCAGGGUCAUAGGCGUUUUGAGAACUUCAGAAAAACCAUCAGCCCAGACAGGUUGAACUUUAUACAACUUGUCGACGAGUUUGAUGAAGGGAAUAUUUCUUGGAAAAAAUUCAGUUCAAAGGUGAAAAAACUACAUGAGGACCAAACUGGAGGUCCAUAUAUGAGGGAGCCCGGGGAAAUUCCAAAGUUGGAAGAGUGCUUCUACGCUAACCCUCUACCAGGCUGCAUAUGUGAAAAGCACCAGAGGGGUGAACAAGACCUGGGAUUCCAGGCACAUCUAUAAGGCCGAGGAGAUCCUGCUUCCUAAGAUCAGAUCAAGCGUAGGGGAAUCGUCUUAAAGCAGUUGCAGUUGCUGAGCUCUUGUUUCCGAAGAAAGCCAAGCUCAUUCUGGUGACGACGGAACAGCAAUGCAUCAUCAAAUGAAUUUCUAUAUCGAAGUUACAACCCUGAAUAAAAGGAAGAAUUACAGAAGAGUUAUAAUUAGAAGGUAUAAUGAAGGUAAUGAAGCAUUAGGAGCGAGUAUUUACGCCGAGAUGGGCCACAACAUAUUGUUGUCAUUAUUGUUAUUAUUCUUUUUAGUUUGUUACAUAAGCAAAAGGCAAACCGACACAUGCUUACAUAUCAAAAAAAUAAAUAAAUCAAAUUAAAUUUCCACUUUUGAAAUUUGUUCAAA